AUGAAAUCAAUUCAAUUAAGAAUUCUCUUGCUAUCAUCCUACCUCAUUAGCGUAGUCUUUGGCGAUUGGCAAUAUCGCUCACGUCCUGAUUUAGCUCCUCCGAAGUUAAAUAUUACAAUACUUCCAAAUGAAGAUGUGUCACCAGGCUAUUUAUUCCUUGCUCCAUUUAGUGGGUAUGCUGAUAUUGAUACUUUUCACGGACCUCGUCAAGCAGCUCCAUAUAUAUUUAGCAGCGACGGAGAAUUGGUCUGGUCUGGGUUUAGUUAUUUUUCUAUAUGGGCAACAAAUUUCCAAGCUGGUAAGGUCAAUGGGGAAGAUGUCUUAUUUUCCUUUGAGGGGUCGCAUAACCCACGUUAUGGGCAUGGUCACGGUCAUAUAACAUUUUUAAACCAAAAUUACGAAACUAUCAAAGAACUUAGGGCUGGGAAUCAUAAGAUUAUUGACAAACAUGAAUUCCAUAUAAUUAAUGAAACAUCAGGAUUAGUACAGAUUUAUCAGCCAGUUCCUAAGGAUUUGACACCAUAUGGAGCAUCUCCAGAACAGCAAUGGAUAGUAGAUGCUAUUUUUCAGGAAAUAGAUAUAAAUACUGGCGAAGUCUUAUUCGAAUGGUCCUCGUUAGAGCAUAUUUCGCCUGAUGAGUCUGUCUUGCCAAUUGUCCAAGGACAAGCUGGAUCAGGAUAUAAUUCAAGUGACGCUUGGGAUUAUUUCCACAUUAAUUCGGUUGAUAAGGAUGAAAAUGGUGAUUACUUACUUUCUGCGAGGGAUGCAGCAUCAUUGUAUAAGAUAGAUGGAAAUACAGGAGAAGUAAUUUGGAAAUUAGGAGGCCUACCAGGUAUUACCAGUUCUGAUUUCAAGGCUGAUAAAAACUUGACAUUUUCUUUCCAGCAUCAUGCUAGAUACUUAUCAACGUCUGAAGAUGGUACCAAGCAAUUAAUAUCGUUCUAUGAUAAUUCAGCUCAUGGGACUGAGAACAAAAAUGGCCGUGUUGUAAAAUAUAAUGAACAUUCGAGUGGAAAAAUCAUAGAAGUUGAUACAAAGAACUGGAAUGCAAAAUUGCUCUUUAACGGAAUUUCACCUGAUAAAUUGCUUUCAAAGUCACAAGGAUCCACCCAAGUCUUAGCAAAUGGAAACGUUUUAGUCAAUUGGGGAUCAGAAGGUGCGAUCACGGAAUUUAAAGACGAAAAACCAAUAUUCAAUGCUUUCGUUGAUUCAGGAGAAUUAGGUGUUCAUGCUGAAAACUAUCGUGCUUUUAAAUACAACUGGACAGGUAAGCCAAAUGAAAAAAUUGCUUUAUUGAGCGAAUUUACAAAGGAUGGGUCUACAAAUAUAUACGUUAGCUGGAAUGGAGACACUGAAACAAAGAAAUGGAAAUUUUAUUCUGUUGAGCGUAAUGGUUCUAAACGAUUCAUCGGAGAGACUUCAAGAAAGGGAUUUGAAAGCAUCAAAACAUUUGACACAAAGCAUGAAAGGGUUUUAGUAGAAGCUUAUGACUCGGAUGAGGUUCUAUUAUCUACGUCGGAUCCUGUGAAAACAGAAGCGCAAAUUUUGCAAGUGGAACGUAGUAAACAAGAUCUUGAACCCGUAAGUGGUUAUCAGACAUAUUUCGAUAUCAUUUCAAGGUUAGAUUCUAUAGUGUUUUGA